CAUUUAUUUAUUUUCGUGUACACAAAUUGAUUGUUUAUAAAAUAAAGUAUAAAAGUCGCAGCCUAUUUUGUCACCAUGUCUCAUUAGGUUUUCAGCUGGAAUCUUGCAAAGAUGAACAGCUCCAAAGUUAUCGUUACUGGUGCACCGCGGUUUGUGAUCUCGCGAUCGCUGGUUUUUAUAUUGUGUUCACUAUGCAUAGCUAAAACGGUUGUAGCUGCAGGUAUAUCAAUGGAUCGGACAUUAGGCGAAAGUGGAUACGCCAACGAAAAUACCGACCUGAGCCUUGAAAGUCGCAAAGUAGAGCCAGCAGAGAUAAGUGAAGAGGAGGACUUUAUACCACAACUGAGAAGAUACGAUGGAGCUCAAGUUUGGAGAAUUGUAGUUCAAAAUGACCAAGAGAAACAAGCUGCUGAAGAACUUUUAGAAAAAUACGAUGGACAAGUUUGGAAAGAGGUAAAAGCUGAGGUAGACUACUUGUUGAAGCCAAGUGUCCUAACUGAAGCCGAAGAAUAUUUGCAAACAGCAAAUCUCUCAAGAAUCAUUCUAAUUGACAAUUUACAAAAAGUCAUCGAAGCCGAAAACCCACCCAUGGAAGAAAUCGAAAAUCUACAAAAUCGAAAGGGACACCGCCUAACAUGGAAGGCAUACCAUCGUUUAGACGAUAUUUAUGGUUUCGUUGACUACUUGGCUAAAACAUAUCCAGACUUGUGUACAGUUGAGACAAUUGGCUACUCACUUCAAAAACGCCCACUCAAGCUUCUCAAAGUAUCAAAUGGAAAUGCUGAAAAUUCCGCCAUUUGGAUUGACGCUGGCAUUCAUGCCAGAGAAUGGAUUGGCCCCGCUGCAGUGACAUAUGCUCUAAACAAUAUUGUCGAAGGAUGGGAUGACCUCCCUGCUUAUAUGAGAAACGUCGAUUGGUAUUUUUAUGUUAUGGCAAAUCCCGAUGGAUAUGAAUACACUCACACAACCGACAGAAUGUGGCGUAAAAAUCGACGCACAUCAGGCAGACAAUGUCCGGGGGUGGAUUUGAAUCGUAAUUUUGGAUAUGCUUGGGGUGGAAAGGGUACAUCGGCAGCUCCAUGUUCGGAAGUCUUCCGUGGGCAAAAGUCUUUCUCGGAACCCGAGUCGAUGGCUAUUGCUGGUUUUAUAACUAAACAACCGAAGGGAUUUUUCAAGGCAUAUUUAACGUUCCACAGUUACGGACAGUAUAUUUUGUAUCCAUGGGGACAUGAUUCAAUUUUAACUACAGAUUCAAGUGAUUUGGAUCGUGUGGCACGUGAGGCAGCAACGAAAAUCUCUCGGUCCAGUAGUACUAGAUAUACAGUCGGUUCAUCAGCACGAACUUUGUAUCCUGCUGCAGGUGGGUCGGAUGAUUGGGCUAAAGGUGUUGCCGGAAUUAAAUAUUCAUAUACAAUUGAAAUGGGCGACACAGGUCGUUAUGGAUUUGUUUUGCCAGCUAGUUUGAUUGAGAAGAAUGCUAAAGAUGGUUACGUGUUUGUGGAGACAGUAGCAAGGACUGUGACCAAAAAGCGCAGUAUUUAAAGUUUACAUAAUAAUUAAAGCAAUAUAGUGUAAAAUAUUAAUUUAUUUUUGAAUUGAAAUUAAGUUUAAGUUAACAGAGAUGUGAUGAUAAAAGUUUGUUUUUAAUUUA